UUAAGCUCCCAUUGUCAGUGGUAGCACCGCAUUUGAGUUUCUUAAUCCCUCUCUUUCCCUCCCUCCAAUGCACACCCACACUCUAUGUUUCUCUCUCUAUGCUUUGAAAUUAGGCACACUCACACUCUAUGUUUCUCUCUCUAUGCUUUGAAAUUAAGCACACUCACACUCUAUGUUUCUCUCUCUAUGCUUUGAAAUUAGGCACACUCACACUCUAUGUUUCUCUCUCUAUGCUUUGAAAUUAGGCACACUCACACUCUAUGUUUCUCUCUCUAUGCUUUGAAAUUAGACACACUCACACUCUAUGUUUCUCUCUCUACACUUUGAAAUUAGGCACACUCACACUCUAUGUUUCUCUCUCUACACUUUGAAAUUAGGCACACUUACACUCUAUGUUUCUCUCUCUACACUUUGAAAUUAGAGAGAGAGAGAGAGACCGACAAACAAACAAACAAAGAAAGAGCUUGGAUGUUGAGAAGCCCAAUGCAUCGAUGCAAGAACCCUACCCUAUUCUUUCUUUCAUUCUUUCAUUCAUGGAGGAGAGGACACAAGCAAGCAAACACCUUUGAGAGUUUUGAGGAAGAGAUAGAGAGAGAAUCCUAGAGAGAGAGAGAGAGUGUGUGAGAGAGAAUCCUAGAGAGAGAGAGAGAGAGAGAUUGCCAUCUCUCUCCGUCCAUAGGCAGGGCUGGCAUAGAGAUGGUGGUCAUAGUGUGUCGUGCACGCAGUCGCAGUCGCAGUGCCCCAGCCCAGUUUUUGAUGCCGCUGCUGCCGGCGACGACGGCAACCCCCCCGAUGCGCCACCUCCUCCUCCCACUCUUACUCAACCUCCUCGUCCUCCUCACCUCCACCACCGCCGCCACUCCCUCCUCCCCCAACACAAACACAGAGGUCGCAUUCCUCUCCUCAUGGUUGGCCGCGUCCCCCUCGCGCCCGCCGGACUGGGCCCCGGCCGCCUCGUCCCCGUGCAAGUGGUCGCACGUCGCCUGCGACGCCGCCGGGAAGGCAGUUGUUUCAGUCGCCUUCCAGUCCGUGCACCUCGCCGUGCCGGCGCCCUCCGGCCUCUGCGCCGCGCUGCCCGGGCUCGUCAGCUUUGUCGUGUCGGACGCGAACCUGACGGGCGGCGUGCCUGAGGACCUCGCGCUGUGCCGCCGCCUCGCCACGCUUGACCUCAGCGGCAACUCCCUCACCGGCCCCGUCCCGGCGUCGCUCGGCAACUUGACGGCGCUCGAGUCGCUCGUGCUCAACACCAACCUGCUCUCCGGCCCUAUCCCGGCCGAGCUCGGCGGCCUCGCGGGGUCGCUCAAGGGCCUGCUGCUCUUCGACAACCGCCUCUCCGGCGAGCUCCCCGCGGAGCUCGGCGCGCUGCGGCGGCUCGAGUCCCUCCGCGCCGGUGGGAAUCAUGACCUCUCCGGCCCGAUACCCGAAUCCUUCUCCAAGCUGUCCAACCUCGCCGUGCUCGGCCUCGCGGAUACAAAGAUCUCCGGCCAGCUGCCGUCGUCGAUCGGCAACCUCAAGAGCCUCCAGACGCUGUCGAUAUACACCACCAUGCUGUCCGGCUCCAUCCCGCCGGAGCUGGCCCUCUGCGGGAACCUCACCGACGUGUACCUCUACGAGAACGCGCUCUCCGGCGCGCUCCCGCCCGAGCUCGGCGCUCUCCAGAGCCUCCAGAAGCUGCUCCUGUGGCAGAACGCGCUCACGGGACCCAUCCCGGACAGCUUCGGCAACCUCACCUCGCUCGUCUCGCUCGACCUCUCCAUCAACUCCAUCUCCGGCGCCAUCCCGCCGUCGCUCGGCCGGCUGCCGGCGCUGCAGGACCUGAUGCUCAGCGACAACAACAUUACCGGCACCAUCCCCGUGCUGCUCGCCAAUGCGACGUCGCUCGUGCAGCUGCAGCUUGACACCAACGACAUCUCUGGCCUCAUCCCGCCGGAGCUCGGCCGGAGCUUGACCAACCUGCAGGUGCUGUUCGCGUGGCAGAACCGCCUCGAGGGCGCCAUCCCGGUCACGGUCGCGUCCAUGUCGAGCCUCCAGGCGCUCGACCUCUCGCACAACCGCCUUACCGGCGCCGUGCCGCCGGGGCUCUUCCUGCUGCGCAACCUCACCAAGCUGCUAAUCUUGUCCAACGACCUCUCCGGCGUGAUACCCCCGGAGAUUGGGAAGGCGGCUAGCCUAGUGCGGCUCAGGCUCGGCGGCAACCGCAUCGCCGGGGAGAUCCCCGCGGCCGUGGGCGGGAUGAAGAGCAUCGUCUUCCUUGACCUCGGCAGCAACCGCCUCACCGGCGCCGUGCCCUCCGAGGUCGGCGACUGCUCGCAGCUCCAGAUGCUCGACCUCAGCAACAACACGCUCAACGGAGCCCUGCCGGAGUCGCUCGCCGGCGUGCGCGGCCUGCAGGAGCUCGACGUCUCGCACAACCAGCUCACCGGCCCCGUGCCUGAAUCAUUCGGAAGGCUGGCGGUGCUGAGCCGUCUCGUCCUCGCCGGCAACGCGCUGUCAGGCACGAUACCGGCGGCGCUCGGGCGGUGCCGCGCGCUCGAGCUGCUCGACCUCAGCGACAACCGUCUCUCGGGCACCAUCCCGAACGAGCUCUGCAGCCUCGCCGGCCUCGACAUCGCCCUCAACCUCAGCCGCAACAGCCUAACGGGCAGGAUCCCGGCGAGGAUAUCGGAGCUGAGCAAGCUGUCCGUGCUCGACCUGUCCUACAACGCGUUCUCCGGCAGCCUCACGGCGCUCGCCGGGCUUGACAACCUCGUCACGCUCAAUGUGUCGCAGAACAACUUGUCCGGGUACCUCCCGGACACGAAGCUCUUCCGGCAGCUCUCGGCGUCCAGCCUCGCCGGGAACUCGGGGCUGUGCACCAAAGGCGGCGACGUGUGCUUCGUUGGCGUGGACGCCGACGGGCGGCCGAUGUCGGUGACCGCCAGCGACGAUGCGCAGCGCGCGCACCGGCUGAAGCUCGCCAUCGCGCUGUUGGUGACCGCGACGGUGGCGAUGGUGCUCGGGAUGAUGGGCAUACUGAGAGCGCGCGGAGGCAGGGGCGGGGGCGGGGGCGGGAGCAGCGACUCGGAGGCCGGCGGCGGGGAGCUCGGGUGGCCGUGGCAGUUCACGCCGUUCCAGAAGGUGAGCUUCUCGGUGGAGCAGGUGGUGCGGAGCCUGGUCGACGCCAACAUCAUCGGCAAGGGCGUGUCCGGCGUGGUGUACCGGGUGAGCCUGGACUCGGGAGAGACCAUCGCCGUGAAGAAGCUGUGGCCGGCCGCGUUCAAGGACGCCGGGGCCGGGCGGGACUCGUUCUCGGCGGAGGUGCGCACGCUGGGCUCCAUCCGGCACAAGAACAUCGUGAGGUUCCUCGGUUGCUGCUGGAACAAGAGCACGCGGCUGCUCAUGUACGACUACAUGGCAAACGGCAGCCUCGGCGCCGUGCUCCACGAGCGCGGCGGCGCGCAGCUGGAGUGGGACGUCCGGUACCGGAUCGUGCUGGGGUCGGCGCAGGGCCUGGCCUACCUGCACCAUGGCUGCUCGCCGCCGAUCGUGCACCGGGACAUCAAGGCCAACAACAUCCUCAUCGGCCUCGACUUGGAGGCCUACAUCGCCGACUUCGGCCUCGCCAAGCUCGUCGACGAGGGCGCCGAUUUGGGCCGCUCCUCCAACACCGUCGCCGGCUCCUACGGCUACAUCGCCCCCGAGUAUGGAUACAUGCUCAAGAUCACGGAGAAGAGCGACGUGUACAGCUACGGGGUGGUGGUGCUGGAGGUGCUCACCGGGAAGCAGCCCAUCGACCCGACGAUCCCGGACGGGCAGCACCUGGUGGACUGGGUGCGGCGGCACAAGGGCGGCGCCGGCGUGCUGGACCCGGCGCUGCAGGGGCGGUCGGACACGGAGGUGGAGGAGAUGCUGCAGGUCAUGGGCGUGGCCCUGCUGUGCGUCAGCCCCGUCCCCGACGAGCGGCCGGCCAUGAAGGACGUCGCCGCCAUGCUCAAGGAGAUCCGCGAGGAGUACGCCAAGGUCGUCGACGUCCCCCUCAAGGCCACCCCGACGACAAUGACCACGUCGACGUCCAACACGCCGCCCUGCCGCCCUGGGACUGGGAGUAAUAGCAGCAGCAGCAGCUUCUCCGCCAUCUACUCUUCAUCCAAGGCCAAAUCGCCAUUCGAUUGACUGAUCCUAGGCAGGCAGGCGCCAAAUUUCAUUUUCGUCAUGCUGGUUUACUUGGCUCGGCUGUACGUGUAAAUGGUUUUGGUUGGUUGCAAUGGUGACACCACUUCAUCUUCAUCUUCAUCUUCAUUACUGUAAGUUCACGACUUAGGAAGAAUUACUUUGAGGCUUUUUCUUUUCUUCUUCUUCUUCUUCUUCUUCUUCUUCUUCUUUUAUAUUUGAUUUGAUGUGUUGAGGAGCUAGCGUUGAAUAAAGAUCCCAAAGAAUCAUGCCAUGCCAUGCCAUGCCAUGUCAUCUAUGUGUGCAAGUUUCUUCAAAUUUAUACAAGGACUACUUUGUUUGGUA